AUUAUUCCCUGGGCCUGAAUGACUUGAUUGUUUCCUCCCUUGAGCUAACGGUCCAUGUGGGUGAUUCAGCCCUGAUGGGGUGUGUUUUCCAGAGCACAGAAGAGAAACGUGUGACCAAGGUAGACUGGAUGUUCUCAUCGGGAGAGCACGCCAAGGAUGAUUAUGUGCUAUACUAUUACGCCAACCUCAGCGUGCCUGUGGGGCGCUUCCAGAACCGUGUGCACUUGGUGGGAGACAUCUCACGCAGCGAUGGUUCUCUCCUGCUCCAAAAUGUGGAAGAGGCCGACCAGGGAACCUACACUUGUGAAAUCCGGCUUGAAAUGGAGAGCCUGGUGUUCAAGAAAGCGGUGGUGCUGUAUGUUCUACCAGAAGAAACCAAAGAGCUCAUGGCCCAUGUGGGUGAAUCGACUCAGCUGGGCUGUGUUCUCCAGAGCACAGGAGAGAAACGCAUGACCAAGGUAGACUGGACGUUCUCAUCAGGAGAGCAUGCCGAGGAGGAGGUUAUGUUACGUUAUUACUCCAAACUCAGGGUACCUGUGGGGAACCCCCAGAACCGGGGCCGCUUCCAGAACCGUGUAACCCUGGUGGGGGACACCUCCCGCAAUGAUGCGUCUAUCAUGCUCCAAGGAGUGCGGGAGUCUGACAGAGGAAGCUACACCUGCAGUAUCCACCUGGGGAACCUGACCUUCAAGAAAACCACCGUGCUGCACGUGAUCCUGAAAGAGCCCCGAACAUUGGUGACCCCAGCAGCCCUCAAACCUGAGAUCCUGGGUGGUAAUCAGCUGGUGAUCAUUGUGGGGAUUGUCUGUGGCACUAUCCUGCUGCUUCCCGUUCUGAUAUUGAUCGUGAAGAACACCCCAGGAAAUACGAGCUCAGGAACGUCCACAACCCUGGUGAAAAGCCUGGAGAACAUACAGAAGGCUGAUCCAGAGAAACAUGUUUACUCCUCAAUAACCACACGGGAGCUGAUUGAGGAAGAAGAAUCGAGUGGAAAGGCAGAGGCCACCUACAUGACCAUGCACCCAGUUUGGCCUUCUCUGAGGUCAGCCCCAAAUAACCCGCCCGAAGAAAAGUCAGCUGGGGGAAUCCCCAAACCAGAGCAAGCCUUUUGAGAAGAAAGGAGAAUUCCUUUCGUCCUUAGCAGUGGCACAGACUCUGUCCUCUGUGUGUCCCGAGUCACUGUCUGGUCAUUCCGGACCCCUGCCCCCACCCCAGUUGGUUUCCUGCCUCAUUGGUCAAAAGGCUGAAGAAGGAGGGUUCAGAACCUGGCAGAAAGACGGGACAGCUCGGGAGGAACGGGCUUCGAUGGAGAGAAGCAUGGCGGCGCUCCUUCCGGAGCGGGAUACUGGCCCUGGGGACCCUGGCCGAGCCGCCGCAGUGGCCUCCUGCAUUCCAUCAGGUCCUCCCCUUGGAUGUUGUUCUCCGUGGAUGGGUUACUGGGAAGAAUCACAGAAAUCAAAACCAACCCAAAUGGUUCCUUUGGCAAAUUACCCCUAAAUAAACGUGGCUUGUGGAAAUCA